UUCAUUUUGCAGGUUAGGCAAUAUGGCGAACGACGUUGUGUCGGCGGCGCUGAUAUAAGCUGCGCUUCUGAUUAACAACACGCUACCCUUGUUGCAUUGACCUGCACUACACGAAAGAGGGUGAUCCUUGGCACAGAGGGGCACAAAGGUUAAGUAAGGAAAUUGAUCCGUUAAUGGUAAACAGUGCUGAAAAUAGCUGAGCAGCCACGUCACCACGAGAGAUGUCCAGCACGAGCAGUACCGACCCUCCGCAUGAUGAACCCCCUGGUAGCGGAAUGACGGAGGAGAGCCAACCUUCUGGUGCAGAGAACCCUUCCGACGAUCCCGCCCUGUUCUCGGUGCAGAACUUCGACCCACCACCUAGCCUGGAGCUGGUGUGCACCAUAUGCAGGGGUGUGUUUCGCCAUCCGGUUGAGUUGCCCUGCCGGCAUGUAUUUUGUCGCUCCUGUAUAUCACAAUGGCUAGAGCGACAAAGCAGUUGCCCCAACUGCCGUCAUGAGGCGGCACCAACGUCAGUUAUUCCUGCGCUUCCCCUGGUGGCAAAUUUGAUCGCCAGCCUGCAGACACGGUGUCCGCACGGUGAAUGUCAGGAAAAGAUGACUCUUGAAACUCUGCAACGGCACAUCCUGACUUGCGAAUGGCGCCAGGUUAAAUGUCCGGAUUGCAACGUGUCUUUCCGCGCCGACCACUUCCAAAGUCACCAUACGAACGAAUGCCCGAAGCGUCUCAUUCGAUGCACAUCCCACUGCGGCUUCGACGUGCGAGCCGAAGACAUGCCCGGCCACAACUGCAUCACGGAAAUGAAACGCCGUCUCGCGGAACUCCAAGAGCAGCGUGAUCAGCUUACCGCACAGCUGGAAGAGGCUCAACGAAGAAUACAAGAGAUGCAGAACGAACUUUACGGAUUACGUCGAUGGAUUUCUGAGAUGGGGGUGGAUCCAGGUGGGACGUCUGUCCCAGCCCCACAGCUGUUCGUCCAUGGUACAGGCGCAGCGCCAGAUUACUGGUACCCGGUUCCUUUCCAAGUCCAAGCUACGGCCAUGGUCAUUGCGCCUGCCACAAAUUCGGAAGAGCAGGUUGCGCUGCUGCAUGAUGCCAGCAGUGGGACUUCGUACUCGCAACAAGGAAAUUUCGGUAGCUCUACUGCCCCGCUUCUGAGGCAGAGCGACACGGUUCGUUCCAGUAGCACCACAAGCAGUACCACGCAAGAUUUAUCUACUUCCAGAAUCACCUCCAUAAUGGAACUUGAGGUUCAAGUAGAUGCUGAUAGCACGGGCGGCUCAUCGGAUCGGCACUCUGCAUCGCCACAUCUCAUGGUUAUCGACUUGGCCAGUCAAGAUACUGUGGCCUCCAUGUCAGUUUGCCCAGGUGACCACGUUCGGGACGUCGGAGAGAGCAGUGCCAUGUCAUCAGUCAGUAACCAAAACGUGCUACCGUCGAUAAAACCUAGGGUUAAAUUCAACGAGUCCGGAGCGCUGGAACGGCAUGACAAGGAGUUUGAGAUGUCACAGUACGGGAGCCAAGAUAGGCAGACGUCGCAACAGUGUCUGUCAGUGGAUGCUACCACAGCGGGAUCCGACUGCACAACCCAACCUCCCAGUGAAGACUAUCUCUCGGGGUCAUCUGCUACGACGCAUUUUCUGGCGACUCGUCGGAGAUACUGUGUGCCCACGCUAGUUGGGAGCCGAUCGUCGACCGUCGAAAUCGCUCCGGAAGCCAGGCCCAGGGUCACCUUGCAACGGAGCGACGUACCACUCAAUAUUCGGUCCGUCAGACAGAGAAGCAGGAACCUUGUCAACGCCAAUCAGCAAGAUUACCAUGUGCCAGGACCGUCUUCGCACACUAUCUCCCUGUCGAUUUCGCGUAGCUUCAAUGAUGGUCACGUUCAACCAGCUGCACUUAACACAUCCGAAGAAUCCAAUGGAGGAGUCCUGUCGCCCGUUUCAACCUUUGCGUCUGGCCCUGAAACGUCGGCGUCCAGUUAUGGCUACCUACCCCUGAUGGAUAGCUGCUCCGAAAUUGAAAUUCACAUGGCAGCACCACAGAGAGAAGACGGCGGAGUCCCACUGCCCAUCGAUGGCAUCUGCGUUGAUAUAUUAGAAAUGCUCCCUCUGGUACCUGGUCUAGCGGGCCCGUUCGGCUUUAGCGCUUCGUCUGUCUCUGAAGUCAGCGCAGUGAACAGACCAAGAGGUACCGUUGAUGUCAAUGCUGCGAUUGACGAGAACGGCGUCAUCGAAACGGAUAGUGCUGACAGACAGCAGCCCCCGUUUUCUUAGCCGCUACGCCUCGAGGCCUCUGAAUAACAUGGUUAGGUGACAUACGCAAUAAAGAAGAAAGGCAGA